AGUAUUUAACAGUAACAGAUCUUGGGCUGUCUGGAGCUCAGAGUUGGAGGACCAUGACUGGGGGAGCAGUGACUUCCAUCUCUGGUAACCAAAAUUAAUGUAAGUUUUCCAGCAGAAAUCUCCUUCUGCCAGAAGACAUAUAUAUGCAAGUGAAAGCAAGAUGGCCCAGAUCCCGACCAGAUGGCCGGUUUCACCGUGCGGUGCCUGAGGUGGUCAUCAAGAUCUACAUUUGGCUGCAGCAGACUCGAAAUGAUGUCCAGUUGAUGCUGCAUGUUUCAUUAGUAUCAGUCGGUGCUGGCUGGAAAAGAAGGGAGAAGAAUGGACUCCAUUAUAUCACUUGGAUACAGCAUAUUAACGAUAAGCUUUGAUGGCUGCCUCCAGUCUCUACCCAGUCCUGUCCGUGGACAGCAUUUCUGUUAGCAGUGAAAGUGUCACUGAAGGGUGCAGACCAUGAGUCACAGGCGUUUUCCCAGCUUGGAUAUGCAGGACAUCCACCAUGAAAUUGCAAAUGUGGAUUAUGGUACAGCCAGAAGUGAUUGCCUGGAGCAGUGCCCUGACAGGCAGCCCACAGAUUGUCUACCAGCAGUCCACAGGAGGAAUGGGAGAGGCGGAGGAAGCUGUGUCUGAGGCAUCUCCUGAGGAUGCUUCAGGACCCACCACUGUCACUGGUUGUUUCAGCAGCAACAACAAGCUGUGAGCGUGUUUGUCAGCUGACUGAUCUGUUAUCCAAAUUGGGUUUUCUGCUGCUGUCGCCAUCUUGUGAGCCAUGGGGAGCCCACCAGCCAAGAUGAAGAUUUGUCCCAUCUACAUGCUCUCUGUAAGAAUCAUACAAGCCAGGAACAUCAAAUCAAGAGACCUGUGGACAGUUCCACUUUCCUGCCAAAACCUUGCGGGGCAAUGUUAUUCACUGCUUGAUACCAGUCUGAAGUAUUUAGGCAUCUCGGGCUGCAGUAGACAUCUUCAGUCAAGUCCAGACUCCAGCUCUGAAAGACAUCAUCUCGGGGAUUUCUUUUCACACCGAUGUCAAGCUCCACAAAUGACUGCAUCAGACUGCUAUGUGCGCUUGUGGCUGCCAUCUGCUUCAAAUGAAAAGCUUCAGACCAAAACCAUCAAGAAUUCUGACAACCCUGUCUGGAAUGAGACUUUCUACUUUAGGAUCCAGAGAGAAGUUGAGAACGUUUUAGAAUUGGCAGUGUGUGAUGAAGAUCCACUUACGAAAGAUGACAUGCAGUUCACAGUUCUUUUUAACGUUGCUAGAGUCAGACCUGGAGAGAGAGUCCGUGAGACAUUUGCUUUGAAAUCAGAGAAAGAGAGGUGCUCUAAGAAAUGGGAAAGUUUGGAAGUGGAAUUCUGGAUGGAAAAAAUUCCUGGCCCUCCAGAGUAUGUCAUUACCAAUGAUGUCCUAGUGUCACGUGAAGUUUGGUGCUUGGAAGUGCAAGUGGACAGUAAUGAAAGCAGGAAAUAUUUGAAAGAGGGUAAAAAUCUUGUGCUUACGGUGCCUGCAUCUCAUGAAGGAACACAGAAAGCUACAGAGGACACAGAUACUUUCUACUUCCAUUGUGUGAAGGCCUGGGAGCCAGUUCUAAAGGCCAGACUGCAGAAAGUUUCUGAUAAAGAAGAUGACAGAAACAAUUUAAGUGACACCUUAACAGUACCACUGAAAUUUCUCCCUGUUGGACACAAAGUGAAAGUAACCCUCCCUGUAAGACAUAAUGUGCCACUGCAGCUGUACCUCCAACUAAAUGAUUGCACGGAAAAACUAGAUGUGCGCUUAGGAUAUGAUCUAUGCCGAGAAGAGCAGGAAUUCUUGCAAAAAAGGAAGAGAGUGGUUGCCAGUGCCCUGAAAAGGGUUCUUCAUUUGGAAAGAGAUCUACAUGGACACGAGGUCCCAGUAAUAGCUGUUAUGGCAACAGGCGGAGGCCUCAGAGCAAUGUCAGCUAUGUUUGGCCACCUUUUGGCUCUUCAGAAGCUAAAUCUGUUGGACUGUGUUACCUAUCUCACUGGGGCUUCUGGCUCAACAUGGACCCUAGCAGACCUGUAUGAGCAUGCAGAUUGGUCACAGAAGACUCUGGAGGGGCCACUCAGAGCAGUAAAAGAACAAGUGACAAAAUGCAAACUCAACCUUAUGUCUAUGGAACAUCUGAAAUAUUAUCACAAGGAACUUGCUGAAAGGGCAAAAGCUGGACACGUCUCAUCUUUUACAACGUUGUGGUCACUUGUUCAGGAAAUGUUCUUACAUGAACGGCCGAGAAAGUACAAACUCACAGACCAGCGCAAGGCACUGGAGCAUGGACAAAACCCACUGCCUUUCUAUGCAGUCCUCAAUGUCAAAGAGGAAAAGUUCAGUACUUUCAAAUUUAGAGAGUGGACAGAGUUCUCUCCUUAUGAGGUGGCCAUACCAAAAUAUGGAGCCUCCAUUCGUUCAGAAUUUUUUGACAGCGAGUUUUUCAUGGGAAGGCGAGUGAAGAAGCUGCCAGAAUCUCGGAUCUGCUAUCUGGAAGGUCUUUGGACAAACAUUUUUACUAGGAAUUUGCUGGAUGGCUUAUACUGGUCCUCAAAUUCAAAUGAAUUCUGGGAACGAUGGGCCAAAGAUAUGGUAGAUAUAGAAAAACAUUCCCCUGAGGAGGAUACCACUAUCAUCGAGCCUCCAUCUUGUUUGUCAGGGAAGUUGUAUGAAAUGUUUCAGGACAUUAUGACCAAGCGUCCGCUACUGGGAAAGUCUCAUAACUUCCUGAGAGGCUUAGAAUUUCAUAAGGAUUAUAUCCAUCAGAAAAAAUUUAUUGAAUGGAAAGACACUGUGCUGGACUCCUUCCCUAACAAUCUGACACCGCUGCAGAAAUAUCUUUGCCUGAUAGAUGUUGGCUAUUUCAUUAACACCAGUGGUGCAGCACUUUUCAGGCCAGAAAGGAAUGUAGAUGUCAUUAUUUCACUUGAUUAUGGUUUGGGGAAUGUGUUCAAGCAAUUGGAGAUGACAUACAAAUACUGCAAGAUACAAAAAAUCCCUUUCCCCAAAGUGGAGCUAAGUGAAGAAGAGGAGAAGAACCCAAAGGAAUGUUAUGUGUUUUUGGAUCCAGAGGACCCCAGAGCACCCAUAGUAAUUCAUUUUCCCCUGGUGAAUGACACCUUUAAGGAAUUCAAGGAGCCUGGGGUAAAGCGCAGUCUCUCAGAGAUGGACGAAGGCAAAGUAAAUCUGGAGAACAACUGCUCACCCUAUUACCUCAUUAGGCUAAUCUACUCCCCUGAAAAUUUUGACAAACUCGUGAACCUAAGUAAAUACAACAUCCUCAACAACAGAGACCUGCUCCUCCAGGCAAUCCAGAGUGCCGUGGAACGGAAAAGAAGUGGCAGGCCUGGGAAUCUCCCCAGCCACUCUGGAGCUGAAUAUGCAUAGGCUGAGUUUUUGUACUUUUCCCCACUGAAGGCUAUGACGGUCACAUUACAACACACAACAAUCACAUUAUAACAUGUCACAGUCACAUUACAACACAUCACAGUGUUCAUUAUUUGCAGGAAAUUGAGAAAACCUGUACAUUUCUCAUCUUGCCUUGUUCAAGUUCCUAGCUUUCAAAAGGGUUUUUUAACCUUCCUUCACCAAGUUUUCAGACCAUAAAAGCCUCCCACUCCGGUUUUACUUGAUAAGAUAGGAGGGUCCUGGUUAGCAGAGACCUUCCAGGAACUUCCCAAUGUUAUACAAAAUGGUGGUGGUGAUAGUGAUAGUUCUUUAUAUGUGCCUGUUCCCUCAAUCCUGAGCCCAUUAUCAGUGUCUUUUGAAUGAUUCACUACAAACUAAGUCCUGGCCAUUUGCAUUCAGUAAUGUCCAGAUUUUCAGAUGAUAGGCUGAGUACUAGAAUUUGCACUGAAUUGGUGGGCUCAGCUCUGAAGUCAGGCCAAAGAGUCAUAUAUACCUGUGAAUAAUAGCCUAACUGCAACGUGGACCAUUACAUUCUGUCUGGCCGAUUCCCCCUGCUGAUCUAGAAGUUAUUCCUUUAUUCCAUUCCGCUGCAAGAGUCUGGCACAGAAAUGCUGCUCCAGACUGUCCCAAGGGGGGCAGUUACAUUUCAAGGAGAGAGGACAUGAGCUGCAGAGGGCGAGUCAUUCUUAGAGUUUUGGCUGGAGGAAAAAUUCUGCAUAAGACAUGAGUGAUUAUAUUAAUUUAUACGGGUAGAGCCUUUAUGAAUAAAAAUGUCAAGAGCUUUUGAUACCUGAAAUUCAGGGAGGGUAGUUACCAUAGACACAAGUACACUUAAUUUAAUAAUUAAUGACCAAGACAUAAGCUAGUGUUCCUUAUGUGUGUGAACUGAGUGUAGGAUGUAAAAGAGUGUAUAGUCAUUGUGUUUCACACCCAGAAGAUUUUUUUUCCCUUUACAGUCUUCAAUUCCUAACAUCAUAGGCAAGGUAUUUUUAAUAGGUGCUACAGUAAAACAGAGCACAAAUAAAAAAAAAAAUAUUUUUCACACAUCCUUGCUGGAAGAAAAUAUUUGGAAAAAUGAUGCCUGGUUUUUAUUUGCUUUGGAGUACGGUGAGAGACAUUGCCUUGAACUAGGAGCUUAGAAUAACUUUUAUAGCCCUCCACUAUAUUAAAAAGAUGAUAGGGAAAGAUGCUGAGCAAUACAAAACAGAGCUCCACAGAAGUCGGAGAAGUUACCAUAUUUCAUAGCACCGGAGGAUUUGGACCUGCUUCUGGCAUGUUUAAUCCAAGCACAGCAUAUUCACGGAGAUGGAGUCCUCCUAGGAAAAUCGUGCACAUUUCUUCUGUAUUGGAAAUUUACUUGAUAUCUAGAAUAAGUUGUACUUGAAAUGAAAAAUUAAACAAAGAGAAGCAGGGGUCUGCCUUUUUAGCAUAUGCAGACAGUAUCCAAGCUCAGAGGGAGAGCAUUUACAAAAGUCGUUCGUUGCCUGAACCCAGUACCUACUAAAUGCUGUCUUUUGCUCAUAAAGGCAGUGAAUAAGCUUCAGCGCUAUUCCUUGUACAACGCUUAUCUGUUGAGUUGAGUACCAUGCAAAACCUGAGGAGUCGUAACAGCUGUGAGUGCAACUGUACAACUGAAUUCAGACCAUGAGAAGAAAAGAACUAAUCAGAUACUGGCUGCAGGAAAGAAAUAAAGAGCUCUUUUGAGCUGAAAAAUAAGAUGGCAGCAGGGUUGUAGCUACAAGCAGGAUCUGUGACCUUUGCACAGGAGCACAUUGUGGCUCAGUAUGCCAGGUAUACAAAGCCCCUGCUUGCCUCGGCCAGGCAAUGGGCGCGGGGUGGUUGGACAAGGAGUGAGUGACACCACUGACAGCGCUGCCCAGCUCCUUGCCCUCUCUGCGCUGGGGCACCUGGGGCAGGGAGCGAUCGCUCACACUCAGGAACCUUGACAGCAUGUACCCAGCAGCAACGCAUCUCGGAUGCGCAGACAAAAUUGGGUUUCUUUAAAUGCUCCAUAAGUCGAUAACUGGGGCACAAUUGGUGCAUGCAUAGUGCUGCUAACACAAACAUAAAUGUACACUAAAAUGUGAAAGAGACCUAAAAAAAUCCUCCACACAGGCUGUUCAGGUAACUCAGAAGGUUACCUGAACAAGCUCUUUUUUUUUUUUUUUUUUAAUGCUGUUUUGCAUUUCAGAGCCUGAAAUUAUGUGAGGGCUGUAUCAUUGCCCAUGAGAGGAGUGGUGGGGGGUUUUUCUCUUUUUUUUUUUUUUUUUUUUUUUUUGUAGCACAAAGCUGAAGGAUUACGUUGCUGGCCUGAGUGUGUGUGGCAGGAGGCCCUGGAGGGUGUCUGUGAGGGCAAAGACUGAGGACUCUGCAGUGUGGUGGGACGUGGACCUGGCACACUUGCCCACACAGCCAGUCAGGAUGUGGUAGCUGGCACAUGCUGUCUCCCUGACCACAGCUGGGCUGUGUUUCAGCGCACGCUAAUUUAGACAGCCUGAAAACCACAAAACUACAGAGCAUCCUUACAGCAACAUGCAGCUGGUCAGUGACCUGUGCUUGGGUCUGCUCCUUUGUCCUGUUCUUUCUAGUGCACAUGGAGUCUAAGGGAACGGACCACUGAGAUGCUGUGUGUUUGUUCCUCAAAUGCUGUGUGUUUGUUCCCCAUCCCCAGUCUUGCCUGGCCUUGUGCCACAUGCUGUCAAAUGUCUGCUUGACCAGAGCACAUGAAAACCAGAGCAGGCACAACGAGGAGAAUGCCUAUCUGCAUCUCGCCAUGAAAAAGCAUGUGACUUGCUUAUAAACAGGUCCGUGCUGUUCUGGAGUUAUGUUUGUUUAACCGCUCAAGAUGAGUUCAUGCGUGCAACAUGCUCAUCCAAAAAUGCACCCCAGAUCACUGCUCUCAGAUGAACAUUCAGCUGGUAAACCCCCAGAAAUACAGAGCUUGCUCUCAGCUGCCAAACACAAAGGAAACAAAAGUUUAUUCUUAUAACUGUUAGCUACUCUUUAUAGAAAUUGCUUAUGUCUUUUAACUGUUUAAUAAUAUAUUCAUUAAAAAUACAAUAUUGCAAAAGA